UAUGAACCCGGAAGAGCUAUCAGGAAAAAAAGUGGGAGUAUUCGUUGGAAACUGUUACUCUGAAUUUCAAUUGACAGUAUUUUAUGUCUCCGGAUCUAAAUCAGGGCUUGGUUUACCAGGGUGCAGCCGAAGUAUGAUUGCGAACCGAAUUUCCUACUAUCUAAACUUGAAAGGUCCUUCCGUGUCUAUUGACGAGUCGUGUUGCUCCUCCACUGCCGCUCUGGAGAUGGCUUAUGAUGCGAUAGCUCGUGGAGAAUGUGAAUCAGCUCUUGUUGGUGGUGCUAACUUAUGUUUGCAUCCACAAACCAUAAUACAUUAUGGAAGAGUCGUAGAUUUAAAUAAGGAUGGCAAAACUAAAAGUUUUGAUGCCAAUGCUGAUGGGUGUUCUAUGUCAGAAGCAAUAAAUAUUAUUUAUCUACAGAAAGCUAAAGAUGCUAGAAGAGUUUAUGCUGAAAUUGUGAAAGCGAAAAGUCAAUUUAUGACUCUAGCAGAAACUGAUAUUGGUGCCAAUGGUGGUCUCAACUGCAAUCCUAACGAUAUGUCACGUUUUUUAAAUACAUUCUACGAGGAAGCUAAUGUUUCUCCGAAAGAUGUGAAAUAUGUAGAAGCUUUUGGAGCAGCAUCACGAAAAUGUGAUAAAAUGGAACUGGACAUGUUUGACGAAGUUUAUUGUAAAGAUAGAACCACACCAUUAAUGGUAGGAAGCGUAACUUCCAACAUUGGAUACGUGGGAGCUGCUUCUGGAAUAUCUGCUGUCACAAAGGUGCUGCUUGGCUAUCACUUUGGAAAGCUGGCUGGGAAUCUUCACUAUAACUCUCCUAGACAGGAUGUACAGGCAAUAAGAGAAAAACGAAUUGAAGUACUUGGCGAUCAUAGAGAACUUUCUACCUCACAUUAUACAGCAAUAAAUGGAUUAUCUAUCACUGGAAAUAGCUCACAUGUUUUACUUAAAGGUUUUAAUAAAAAGAAAGAUAUCAGCCCUUAUAAAUCAAGUUUUGCCCGAAUUGUCUUAUGUUCCGGAAGACAAGAAAGUUCUGUACAAACCAUCUUCAACUACCUGAAAAGCCGACCGAUAGAUCCAGAAGAGCUAGCUCUCCUUCACUAUUUCUACGAAAAUAAUGUACCAGGACACCUAGGGCGGGGUUUCCUUAUUCUUGAUUCCAAAGAGAGUAAUGAAACCGUUAAGCUUAGUGAAGAGUGCAUUUAUUUCGACAAAGGCAGACGCCCGCUGUGGUUCGUGUACAGUGGAAUGGGCUCGCAGUGGGUAGGAAUGGGGAAAGACCUCAUGCGUAUACCAGUUUUUGCUGCUGCUAUAGAAAGGUGUCACCGUGUUCUGGCGCCAAAGGGACUGAACUUGAUCGAUGUAAUUACGUCGGACGAUAAAAACACAUUUGAUAAUAUUAUGCACUCAUUCGUCGGCAUAAACGCGAUACAAAUUGCCCUCACAGAUGUGUUGCGAGCACUGGAUAUUGUACCAGACAAUAUAAUCGGGCACAGCGUUGGAGAAAUUGGAUGUGCUUAUGCGGAUGGUUGUUUUACACUGGAAGAGGCGAUUCUAUGUGCUUACAACCGUGGUCUGGUUUCCAUACAAACACCGUUCAUUCGUGGGUCUAUGGCAGCCGUUGGACUUGGAUACAAAGAGAUAUCAAAAAUAUGUCCGCCUGAAAUCGAUGUUGCUUGCCACAACUCCGCAGAAUCCAGUACUAUUUCUGGUCCAGCAGAUAUUAUGGCCGAGUUUGUUACCAGCUUGGGAUUGAAAGGCAUAUUCGCAAAAGAAGUGCCGUGUUCAAACAUAGCUUAUCAUUCACGUUAUAUUGCUAACGCCGGUCCCGGCUUACUGAAGUGUAUGCAAGACAUACUAAAAACACCGCGACCACGGUCUGCAAGAUGGGUUUCAACCUCAAUUCCUCAAGACCGAUGGGAUGAACCGCUCGCAAAAUAUAGCUCGGCAGAAUACCACACCAACAAUUUACUGAACCCAGUUCUAUUUGAGGAAACAGCGCAUUUGAUUCCACCGAACGCAGUUCUGAUCGAAGUUGCACCGCACGGAUUAUUACAAGCCAUUCUUAAGCGUUCUUUACCGGAAUCAUGUAAGCAGCUUCCAAUAACUCGUCGAGGACAUCCUGAAAACUCCAUUUACUUACUGGAAGCCAUUGGACGAUUAUAUAUGGAGGGAUUUAAUCCAAAAGUGAAAGCGUUAUACCCUCAAGUAAAUCUUCCAGUUUCAACAUCAACCCCUAUGUUAUCGCAUUUAGUAGAAUGGGUGUAUCAAGAAAAAUGGUCUCUACAUACCAUAGCUGCUGCUAAUAUGAAGACUUCUUCAACGUCGCAAGACGUUAUUUCUGCGUACGACGUGGAACAUAGUCACUUAAAAGGCCAUAUGAUCAGAGGAAAAAACUUAUAUCCGUUUUCUGCUGCUCUUGUUGCUGUAUGGGACACGUUAGCUGCAAGUUUAAAUUUGAAAAGAAAUAAUUUAUCUGUUCAAUUUGACAACGUGUAUUUCUACUCACAACCGAUUCUGCAUAAAAAAUAUCAGUUACGCCCUUAUGUCACUAUACAAAAGGGAUCAGGUCGUUUUGAGGUGUCAAAUGAAAAGUCACUAUUGGUAACAGGAUUUAUUAUUCCUGAAAUAAGAAGUGACAGGGAGGUUCACAAUCCUCCUGAUAUAAUUGAAGCAAAUGUAUCGGGUGAUGAUAUUUAUGAAUUACUAUGUGGAAAAGAAUAUAAUUAUCUCGAGAAUUUCCGUAGUAUACACAGUACUAAUGACUCUAUGACGGAAGCACAAAUCGAAUGGAAUGGUAAUUGGGUGACGUUCCUUGAUGGUAUUAUUCAACUCAAUGUUUUAAAGAGGAAACAUAACACUAUAUCUAAGCUGGACCUCAUAAGAAAGAUUGUUAUUGACGUCGAGAAACAAAGCAAUGCCACUGUUGUAAAAGAUGAUAAAGUCGUAGCUAAUGCGAAAAUAUUAGAUUUAUACGAUUUAACAAUCUGCGGUGGUGUUGUUAUGGAAAGCCUUAGAUUCGUAGACCUUCCUUUACAGAAGAACGACAAUAUUGAGCUAAAAAUCUGCGAGUUCAUGCCUCUUCUGUCGACGAAAACAAUAAAUGCAAGAAUUAACGGAACUAGACGGAACUCGCUAAAUAUAGACACGGUUUUUACUGAUCAAAAUCAAGAGAUAAAAGCACUGCAUGUGUUCCUACAAAUUGUUGCCGAUAAUGUUACAAAGGAGAAAUUAAGUAUAGUAGAAAUUUUUGAUACCAAUAGUCGCAAGAUAGAAUUCAGUAGUAAUAUUGAAGAAAUAAUUCCUAGAAUUCCAGGAAUAAAAGCCAGUUACCGUAAAAUUAAUUUAGAUGAAAAUAUAUCGAUAAACGAUUUUGAAAAUAUUGAUAUUCUUAUAACCACGAAUUUAUUGCAAAGUGACAAGAAAUGUGAAAAGCUUACAAGUGUUAUUCGUCAAAACAAUAUAUUUAUCAUCCAUAAACAUGAUUUUGAACUCAAAAAUUCUGAUCUUUACACUAUGAUCAGUUCUCAUAUUAUAGAAGACGGAAAAAUAGAACUGGGGAUUUGGAAAUCUAACCAACCCAAUCCUUUAAACUCAAUAGUUGUGCGUAAGCCAAAACAUCAAUCACCACAGGAGCAACAAGGAGGAGAAUAUUAUUUGCCUUUAGAAGAUGAAAAUGAUUCUGUGCAAACGCAUAAACUAAAAAUUUCACGGAUUGGUGACCUUAAAUCUGUAUAUUGGGUUUCUGAAAGUUUGCAAGAAACUGAGGGCGUACCAGUUAAGGUUAACUACGUUGGAGUUAAUAUAAUUUACAUAAAUAAACUCCUAGGAACACAAUUCCGUGAAGACAAUGAACCUACCAAAAGCGUUAUUGAUUUUAGUGGAACUACUAAAAGUGGUACCGCUGUUAUGGGACUAGUACACGGCGAUGCGAUAUCAUCCCAAGUACAUGCCCACCCGGACCUCCUACUGCCAAUUCCAGAACACUGGACCUUAGAAGAUGCUGCUACAGUUCCACUCGCGUAUAUAAUGGCAUUCUAUAUUCUGUUCAUUAAAGUACGCGUGAAUUCCAAGCACACAAUUUGCGUGCAAGCUGCUGCUGGUGCUCUCGGACAAGCCGUUAUAAGUGUGGCCCUCGCCCACGGCUGCCACGUGUUUGCUACUGUUAGCAGCAAUUCCAAAAAACAAUUUUUAAAAAAGUUGUUCCCUAAAUUAAAAGAUGAUCACAUUAUAGACCAUUCGCGUGACAUAAAUUUCGUUUUUAAUAUACUUCGUGCUACGAAUGGUAAAGGAUGUGACCUUUUAGUUUCUUGUGCGAAAGACGAACUGAAGAAUUUCUCAUUUAGAUGCCUCGGAUCUUAUGGAAUUAUGAUGGAUACAAGCGUUGUCCCCAAUCGAGAAAAUUACAAUUUCGGAAUGGACUAUUUGUCUCUCGAUAGAGUAUAUUAUCCGAUUGACUUAUCUACUAUUUUUCAAGCCAAAUUUAAAGAAGAUAUAAAAUUAAUUCGCUUGCUGAUGAUCGACGGUAUUCGGCGUGGGUACGUGCGGCCCCUGACUCGAGUCACAUACGACGCCCAGGAUGCUCCGAGAGCUUUUCAUCUUCAUGCUGCUGGGCAAAAUCGUGGCCGCGUAUUGCUCGACUUGCAACAACUAUCAACGAAAAUAAGUCCCAGCAUCGCCUGUUCGAGUUCUUCGUGGCAAGUCGUUGUUUCGGAUAAUGGGAAGCUAGCAUUAAAACUAGCAGAGAGACUUAUUGACCGUGGUGCGAAAAGAAUAUUCAUUCUAUUAGACAGAGUACUUAAUUAUGUCAAUGUUCAAAAAAGACAAUGGGAAGAAGAUGGUAUUGAUAUAGAAGUAAUAAAAACGACUUCGAAGGCGAAUGGUUACCCUGAUUUAAUGAGGGAUUGUAAAAAAGAUGGCAUGCUUGAAAGUAUAUUCGUCAUAACUUCAAACGAAAAAGCAGAAAAUGUGAUUGAGACUGUCAAUAGUUUUGCAAACUUUAUAUCGCUAUCUGGUUAUUCCCUAAAGUAUUUUGCGCUUAUAACAACAAGUAAAGUAACCAUAAAACCGGGUUCAUGGUUUGGAACAAAUGGACUAAGCCAAAUGUUAACAAAAAUUAAAUUGCCAGAGAUUGAACCGAAUAAAAGAAAUGAAUUUAAAUGUAUUUCUACAAAAUCGGUAUCAAUGAAUGACGCAAUUGAUGCCGUAGAACGAGCAUUGACUUCACAGAAGAAGGUUAUAUUAGUGCACGCGUCUGAUGCACCAAGAAAAACUUUACUAGAAGAAAUAAUGUCACUUGCAGAUGUUAAACUGGAAACUAAAAUUGAAAAGCCUAAUUUCGAUUUAACACUGAAGGAGCUUCACGUGGAUGAUACUAAACUAUUGGCCAUUCAGAGCUUUUUGCGGGAUGUGUAUGAAGUAAACUUAAAUAUUCAAGACAUACAAAACCUCUCAGUGAAAUCCAUUAAUGAAUUGGAAAAACAUUGUAUUGAAUACGAGUUUGAAGAAAAUAAAGGCAUAGCAACAUAUUUCCCUGCGCUUUAUAAUGAUGAGCUCUUAUAUACGACCGAUAUGUUGUUCAUGCCCACUCUAGCCUUCUCGGCUGAGUUCAACAUCGAAAACAACCCGAAUAAGCCACACUUGUGUAUAAUUCCUGGCGUAGAAGGAUAUUACGAAAGCUUUUCGGUAAUAUGUGAGCGACUAAAGCUUCCCGCAAUUGCACUACAGCCGGGCUUAGAUCAUCCUUAUGAGACCGUUCCAGAUUUAGCGAAUCGAUACAUUAAUGUUUUGAAGAAGAAAGCUGCGCUGAACAACAAUUUCUAUUUACUUGGCUAUGAAAGUGGUGUCUUAGUUGCUCUAGAGAUGGCAGCUAUAUUAGAGAAAUCUGGUCUAAUUGGGACAGUCUUCUGCAUCGGCGGGUCACCAACAGAAAUAUUCAACGAUAUCAGAAAUAACCUUAGAGAAUACGAGACAAAGGAGCAACUGCAAAUCGGGGUCUUAAAACAUGCAUAUUCGAUUAUUACUGCAGCAGACACAGUUUUAUUGGACAACUUUUGUGAAAAUUUAGGAUGGCCACAAAAAGUUGACAAAUUUAUGGACAUGAUGAGUGGCAAACUGUCACAUUCUAUGCAAUAUACCAGGAAAUGGAUCGAUUACAUAUAUAUAAAAUUGUUAUCAUUACUAGAAAGUGGCUGCGUCACCACAAAGAUUUCCUCCCAAAUAAUAUCUUUACGUCCACAAUAUUCUACUAGCAUGGAUCUGUCACUGCAAAAUCAUUCUCACAAAAAAGUUAUUACGUACCAAUUAGAGUCACCACUGUCUUAUGCACACCUUGAUAUGAGGGUUGCUACGAUCAUUAAUUCUCAUUUGGACCAUGAGACUUUGGAAUUAUUCAACAAAAGAAACAUUUGUAAGUCCUAUCCUAUAAAUACUGAAACUGUCAUUAUUUAAAUUAUGUCGAAA